GAGAAAGUCGUAGAGCCUCCCACUAACAGAAGAGUGACACGCCAUUCAAUCGCCGCCUUUCCCUGCGACUAAAGGAAGCAGACGAAGCUUGGAGGUUUCUUCCAGAGAAGGUUUACCAUCCUGUCUACUAGAAGAGAAAACUCGUGUGCACCUCGUACAAUAAGAGUUUCGCGAACUGCGUCGACAUGGGAAUCCGAAAAAAGACGGCAAGCAAAAACCCUCCAGUGCUAAGCCACGAGUUUGUCAUCCAGAACCAUGCAGAUAUUGUUUCUUGCGUUGCUAUGGUGUUCCUCCUCGGGCUGAUGUUUGAGAUCACUUCAAAGUUUGCAGUUAUAUUCAUAACUGUCCAGUACAAUGUUACCAUAUCAACAAAUGAAGGGUCAGAAGAGACCGCAGUGAACCACUUCCACCAUGGCAUCAAGGACCUAGCCACCAUCUUCUUCUACAUGCUGGUGGCCAUCAUCAUGCACGCCAUCAUCCAGGAGUAUGUGCUGGAUAAACUAAACAGGAAAAAGCACUUCUCCAAAACCAAACACAGUAAAUUCAACGAGUCAGGCCAGCUGAGCGCCUUCUACCUAUUCUCUUUUUGUUGGGGCACGAGCAUCCUGCUUUCUGAAAACUUCCUGUCCAAUCCUGUGUCUUUGUGGGAGGGCUACCCACAUACCCUAAUGCCAUUCCAGAUGAAAUUCUACUACAUCUGUCAGCUGGGAUACUGGUUGCAUGCCCUUCCAGAGCUGUAUUUCCAAAAGACCAAGAAAGAGGAUAUUCCACGGCAGCUUGUGUACAUCUUCCUGUACCUGGUCCACAUUGCUGGUGCCUAUGUUCUAAAUCUGAACCGUCUGGGUCUGGUCCUGCUUGUCCUGCACUACUUUGUUGAGUUCCUCUUUCACGUGUCCCGCCUGGUUUACUUCAGCAACGAAAACAGACAAAUGGGCUUCACCGUAUGGGCCGUCUUGUUUGUUGUCGGACGGCUGCUCACCCUGUCCCUGUCCGUCCUCACUGUGGGCUUCGGCCUUGCCACGUCGGAGAGUCAAGGCUUUAACUGGGCUGCUGGGAACUUUAACAUCCUGUUUGUUCGGAUAACCGUCCUUGCAGCCAUCUGUCUCACCCAGGCCUUUAUGAUGUGGAAGUUUAUCAAUUUCCAGCUCCGCCGAUGGAGAGAGCACAGCCAAGCUCAGACUUUGAAAAAGAAACCGGUUUCUACUAAGAGCAAAUCAAAGAAAGACAAAGCCAAUGGAGUAAAUGGAGUGAAUUCUCACGGAGCCGAUUCACCAAAAGCAAGAAAAGAAAAGUCCUCAUAAAUGAAAGAAAAAGUCCCCCGUCGUCCGCUUUAGCAGCUGGAGUCGUCUUGCCAGCAGAUUUUCCAGAUCUUCAGCCCAGACGUUUUUUCCCGAUCUCCACACCGGACAGAGGGCCCUUCAGCUUGGCCUGUCACCUGUCGUCCAGCACAGCUUCUGUUUCAGAUAUUUGCCCUUUUUUGUGCCAUUUUGAAUGAGAACGAAUCCCUCAGAAAUAAACAGAAAAACAUGCUUUAUUUAAAAAGUGCCUAUUCAUACAGGUUGUUUUGUACAGAGUGUUUAAUUGUAAAUGUUCAGGAAAAAAAAACGUCAUUGCUUCAUUCCCCCCCCCCCUCAUUUUUCAGUUUUUUUUUAAUCAAAAACUGCACAUUCCUUUUACUUCUCUUUGUUCCUUGUAUUUAUAAUUGCCUGUUCUUCUCUGUAGCAAACUUUUGUCCUUCUCUUUAUGGAAUUUUCCCAAAUUUGUUCUUUUGUGUGUUUGUUGUAGCCUCAAACACUCACUUUUACAGAUUCAGACAUCCACUGAGAAAAAGUAUGGUACUGUUCCAGCUUUUGAGUACAUUUUAAGAUGACUAAAAAGUAGAAGGCAUCCUUUUAAGCUUUAGGGUCACCCAUAAUACAGGUGUGUGCAGAACUGCCUGCAAAGAUGUGCCAACCUGAUGUAGCAUUUAGAUUUUAAAGUCAACUCAAUGUGUUGCCAUUUAUUGUAGUUGAAACCACAUUAUUUUUUUCCCCUCAAAACUUUAUUUAACAUGCGGUUCUACAGAGCAGUCACUUUAGGAAACAAAACAGUACGGCUUCUUUUAAUUUGUAGGAGAAAUGGUGUCACUGUCCCAUUUUUAAGGUGAUGUUAGAUUUAAAAAAUGUCUCUCCGAAGGUUUGAUGAGAAAAGCAUCGACUACAAAUGAAACUACAUCUGGUUUUACUGAACGCCCCUCCCACCCGACCAUAGACGGUGCCAAACCAUGUGGGUUGAUUUGUCGACCCCUUUCACCUCCAUGAAAUGAAGCUAUGGAGUACAGUAAGAGUUUUAAGAAUUUGUCACUUAUGACUGUACCGCCAAACGGUUCUAAAGAAAUAAACAAAUUAAUUCAUA